CAUAGUAUUAGUCACAAGCUGCGCAUUCCACGCACACCAUGCUCAAGGCGGUUAUCCUCAUCGGCGGACCCCAGAAGGGUACUCGUUUCCGGCCACUCUCCCUCGACACGCCCAAGCCUCUGUUCCCGCUGGCCGGUCGACCCCUCAUAGCCCAUCACAUUGAGGCCUGCGUCCAGCUGCCGGAACUCAAGGAGAUCCUCAUCAUCGGAUAUUACCCCCAGACGCAGAUGGAGGCCUUUGUGGGCGAUAUGCAGGCUCUGUAUAGCAGCAGCAACAUCAACAUCAGGUACCUGCAGGAGUUCACAUCUCUGGGCACGGCGGGCGGCAUGUACCACUUUCGCGAUCAGAUACGGGCCGGAAAUCCGCGGGCCUUCUUCGUGCUAAAUGGCGACGUGUGCGCCGACUUUCCGCUGCAGGAACUGUACGACUUUCACACCCGGCGUCCCUCUAGCGCCCUGGUCACCAUCAUGAGCACGGAGGCGACUCGCCAGCAGUCCCUGCACUAUGGCUGCCUCGUCUUCGAUCGCGCCAGUGGAGCCGUCUCGCAUUAUGUGGAGAAGCCCAGCUCGUAUGUGUCCACCUUCAUCAACUGCGGCGUUUACGUCUGCUCUAUGGACAUUUUCACCCAGCUGGCGCAGAUCUUCCAUGCCCACGGACAGGAGUACGGCUGCGCGGGCUUCAGCAAUGGGAACGGCAACGGAAAUGGCCGUGAUCAGGGCCACAUCAAAUGGGAACAGGAGGUGCUCACUCCUCUAGCGGGUACUAACCAGCUCUUUGCCAUGACCGUGCCCAACUGGUGGUCCCAGCUGAAGACCGCCGGCUCGGCCAUCUACGCCAAUCGUCACUACCUGGGCCUCUAUAAGCGCACACAUCCGGAACGGCUGGCGAACGUGGGCUCGAAGCGCGGCGAGGGCGACGGCAACCUGAUUUGCACUGUCCUGCCGGAUGUAUACGUGCAUCCCAGUGCCACGGUCCACCACAGCGCAGUGCUGGGCCCGAACGUGGCCAUUGGGCCUGGUGUCACCAUCGGCCCUGGGGUGCGCAUCAAGGAGUCCAUCGUGCUGGAGCAGGCCCAGAUCCAGGACCACACGCUCAUCCUUCACUCGAUUGUGGGGCGGGGAUCCACCAUCGGCGCCUGGGCCCGCGUUGAGGGCACGCCAAGCGACCCGGACCCCAACAAGCCCUUCGCAAAGAUGGAGAAUCCGCCGCUGUUCAACAACGAGGGAAAACUAAAUCCCUCCAUAACGAUACUGGGCUGCUUCGUACAGGUGCCCGCCGAGAAGAUACUGCUCAACAGUAUUGUACUGCCGCACAAGGAGCUGAGUCGCAGUUUCAAGAACGAGAUAAUUCUGUGAAGAGAACCAAUCAUCCAGGGGAAUCCGUUCCUACCCGUAGCCCCCAUCAGUAUGCCAUUUUAUAAAAAUAUUUAUGUUGUGCAAUAUUCUUAAAGCUUAUGCAAUAAAAGCUUGUCACGCAGCGGCACAACGUUUCAGCCUGAUA